UAGGUUGUGCGCUCCUUACGAGAAUCUAACUAUUGCCUGAUGAUCUGAAGUAGAACAGUUUCACCUCGAAACCCUAUCCCCCUUCCCCCACUUGGAAGAAUUAUCUUCCACGAAACCAGUCUGCAGUGCCAAAAGGGUUGGGGACCACUGUGAUAAUGUAAGACGCCUGCUCCCACUUCACCUUCCGCCAUGACUAUAAUACCUCUGAGGCCUCCCCUGAAGCAGAUGUUGCCAUGCUUCCUGUACGGCCUAUGGAACCAUGAGCCAAUGAAAUCUCCUUUCUUUAUAAUCAUUACCCAGUCUCGGGUAUUUCUUUCUCGCAGUGGGAGAACAGCCAGAUACACUUGGUUAAGUCACCAAAUCACUUGGAAUAAUGCUUCUUAAGGAGAUAAGAGUGUCAUUUCCUCCAGAGCAGGCAUGAGUGUCAUUUCUGUUUUUCCUCUUUAAUGUUGAUCACAGAGUUGGGUUCAUAAAUACUUCAUGACUGGCAUAUGCUUUACUCAGAAUUCUUUUGCAUGCCAGUGGUGAACACCCAAAUCACACUAACUUAAACAACAAAAAAAAGGGAAUGUGUUGACUGUCUAACUGAAAAAUUCAGGAUCUAGUCUCAGGGACUGUAAAUACUGAAAUAUGCCAGCAGGACUCUUCUAUGUCUUCCUCCACUUGUUCUGCUUCCGUGUUGGCUUUCUUCUUUUCUAAUGAAAACAUCUUCCUUCUUAGAGCAUGGAGAAAAAAGCAUGGCAGGCUCAUACUGUCCUAUCUUAACAAAAUGUUAAAAACAUCUCAUCUCUCUCUUCCACUUCCAUAUAUAAAUAUCACAGAAUGACCAUGGUUUAAGUAGGAUUCUGUGCCAUCCCUAAGCCAAUCAGUGGGAGAAUAGGAAACUGAUUGCCCAGGCCUGACUCAUAUACCCACUUCUGUGACCAGGGGAUGGGCGUUACUAUUUUGUGCAACCUCCCAAAAUCAUAUUGGAGGGAGGGACGGGCAUUUCUCCAAAUGGAGGAAAUGUUUUAAAUCAGAAAAGAAUGUGGGCAAACUAAAACAACAAAUAUCUUCAUCAUGAAUGUUCUGUAAUUUGGAAAUAGAUAAUAUCUGGAAAAUAUUCCACGAGUACCUCAACAAAGAAAAUGCUGGCAUAUGUAAAAGCAACUCUUUAUUCUUUGUUAUGGUUAAACCUUUAAAACUUGGAGAAUGUUUUGAGAACAGUCAUGUCUCUUUAUGACAGGAUACAUUCUGAGAAAUUCAUUGUAAGGCAGGAUUUCAUUGUUGAGGAAACAUCAUAGAGUGUACUUGAUACCACCUCCUGCCUACUUAGGCUAGAUGGUAUAGUCUAUUGUUUCUAGGCUACUAAUCUGUAUAGGGUGUUACUGUGCUAAGUACUGUGGGCAGCUGAAACACAAUGGUAAGUAUUUGUGUAUCUGAACAUAGAAAAGGUAUAGUAAACAUACAUAUAUAGUAUAAAAGAUAAAAAAUUGUUUAUUUUGUACAGGACAUUUACUGUUAAUGGAACUUGCAGAACUGGAAGUUGCUCUGGGAGAGUCAGUGAGUGACUGAAGCCAUACUAUUUUAUAGAAUUAAUGGAAAGCAGAAAAGACAUCACAAACGAAGAAGAACUUUGGAAAAUGAAGCCUAGGAGAAAUUUAGAAGAAGAUAAUUAUUUGCAUAAGGACACAGGAGAGACCAGCAUGCUAAAAAGACCUGUGCUUUUGCAUUUGCACCAAACAGCCCAUGCUGAUGAAUUUGACUGCCCUUCAGAACUUCAGCACACACAGGAACUCUUUCCACAAUGGCACUUGCCAAUUAAAAUAGCUGCUAUUAUAGCAUCUCUGACUUUUCUUUACACUCUUCUGAGGGAAGUAAUUCACCCUUUAGCAACUUCCCAUCAACAAUAUUUUUAUAAAAUUCCAAUCCUGGUCAUCAACAAAGUCUUGCCAAUGGUUUCCAUCACUCUCUUGGCAUUGGUUUACCUGCCAGGUGUGAUAGCAGCAAUUGUCCAACUUCAUAAUGGAACCAAGUAUAAGAAGUUUCCACAUUGGUUGGAUAAGUGGAUGUUAACAAGAAAGCAGUUUGGGCUUCUCAGUUUCUUUUUUGCUGUACUGCAUGCAAUUUAUAGUCUGUCUUACCCAAUGAGGCGAUCCUACAGAUACAAGUUGCUAAACUGGGCAUAUCAACAGGUCCAACAAAAUAAAGAAGAUGCCUGGAUUGAGCAUGAUGUUUGGAGAAUGGAGAUUUAUGUGUCUCUGGGGAUUGUGGGACUGGCAAUACUGGCUCUGUUGGCUGUGACAUCAAUUCCAUCUGUGAGUGACUCUUUGACAUGGAGAGAAUUUCACUAUAUUCAGAGCAAGCUAGGAAUUGUUUCCCUUCUACUGGCCACAAUACACGCAUUGAUUUUUGCCUGGAAUAAGUGGAUAGAUAUAAAACAAUUUGUAUGGUAUACACCUCCAACUUUUAUGAUAGCUGUUUUCCUUCCAGUUGUUGUCCUGAUAUUUAAAAGCAUACUAUUCCUGCCAUGCUUGAGGAAGAAGAUACUGAAGAUUAGACAUGGUUGGGAAGACGUCACCAAAAUUAACAAAAUGGAGAUAUCUUCCCAGUUGUAGAAUUACUGUUUACACACAUUUUUAUUCAGUAUUGAUAUAUUUUAUCACCAACAUUUCAAGUUUGUAUUUGUUAAUAAAAUGAUUAUUCAAGGA